AUGGAAAAUCGUUAUCCUAGCGAUAGGGACGCAUUUGAAACAUUGGAUCAUCUCUCAAAGAAAUGGUUUCCAAGAGCUCCCAAAAAGUUCAACAAAAAUCACAUAAAUGAUAUUCACAAACUUCUAAGCAUCGAAUCCAACGAUGGAUUACUCCAAAUCCUAUUAGAUAAGAGAUACUUUGAUAAUGUAUUAUGGCCCAAUUUUGAAAAAGAUGCAUCCAAUAAUCAUAUUGAAUUAAUCAUGGUUCUAACCUUGUUCGAAUCAAAAGUGGGAACAGGCAUCUACUUUGAUAUCCAGCUUGAUGACGAGGUACUAUUUGAGCAAUUACUAAGGAGAUUAUUGGAACAGACAAGAACAUUUAAUGAUUCAGUCAACUUGAAAUUGCACAGUAUAAUUUGGAUAUAUUUUAGCGAACUCGUGAAUACGAAGCAGCAGCAUUCAACUUUUCAAAAGUCUUUCCUUCCUUUGUUUGAAAUCUCUACAUGGGAAAACAUACCACAGUAUUCUCUUCUUCUCAGCAAUGAAAGCAAAAGUGCAUUUCAAUCUAAGAAAAAUGCUUUUAAUGAAAUUAAAGAUAAACACAGUAAAGCGUUAGCUCAGUUGAAAAGUGGUUGGAUUUAUAGAGUCUUGAAUAAUUAUAUGUCCCGAGUAGUGGCUUCAGAUUUUGAAGAUUUGAUUCACAUCAAUACGAUGCAUGAAAAGUACUUUAUAGUGUAUCUGGAAGCACUUUUGUACUUUCUAAAUUCAAUAGUGUCUCAGCUGAAAACAAGACUUUAUAUGAUAACUUUAAUCGAAAAGAUUGGGUUUGUAUCGAGUUUUGCUCGAGUUAAUGAGAAAUACAGCAAAUUAAUGUCUUUUGUGGACUUACUAUGGUUCUAUUUGAACUAUCCAUUAGAAAAUCGUGACAAAUAUGGAUCUAGACGUUUUUACCGUCUUCAAAUUACACUUAAUGAGUUAUUUAGCGACUCAAAUGCAUGCAAAACAUUGUCAAUGGUUCCAUCGAUCGUUGACAUAACUACUAAUGAACUUUGCCGCAUCCUAAAGGGCUACAAAAUUAAUGAACUCGAAGAAAUUGCUCAAGCUCUAAAUGUGCUGCAGCAUGUCGUGAAAGAAUACAAGGUGUUGCAUUUUUUAGUAGAUCUUAUAAAGAGAUAUGUGUUCCUUCCAGGCUAUAAUUUGAAGGAGAUACAAAAAAAUUAUUUUGACUUCAACGAGAAAUCGCUUUUUGAAGAGCUGGGUCUGACCGAUUUCUCAAACUUCGGUCCUUUGAUGCCCAUAAAUAGGACACACGCUUUGUCUUUCGAGGAUUUCAUCAAUAGAUUGGCGUCAGAACUUUCAUUCAAGUUUCGCAGGGAAUUAAAUUGUUUCCUUAAACAAGUGUUAAGUAGAAUGAAGAUUAGUUACGACUCAAGUUCCAAUUUGAGUGUCAAAGGUUCCAGUAAGUAUAUGACUCAAAUCCACAAUAUAUCAAGAAAUUUUGAGAUUAUAGAGCUUCUGACUAAAGAAAAUAAAGAGUGGGAAGUCGAGAGCUUGCAGUCAGGAGAUAUAAUUUUGCUUUUGGAAAUUAUUAAACCUAAUAAGUAUUCGCCAUAUGACAGGGUCAAGCAAUAUGGCUUGAAUAUUAUUUGUCCCUGUGAGGUACUUCAGGUGUCUCGUCUGAGAUCUGAAAAUCAGUUGAUUUUGAAGAGUUUUAUUUCUAUUGAAGAUGUUUCGAUCGAAAGAUUUAACUACAUACUUAAAGUCUCCUAUGGUUUAACAAGUCAGCACCGUUUAUUAUCUCGCUUCAUGAGCGGUAUUUUAGUUGGUGGAGGACGACUUCCAAUGUUCAUUGCAAAGCUGUUCAUCGACAUGAAAUUCGACGGAAGCAUAAAACAUCCUAAACUGCUUAAAUUCAAUUGCCUUUCCGAAAACUUUCUCUUUGAGGAGUUUGACAGAGAGAAGUUGCCAAAGAAAAAAAAGCGUAAAAUAAAACACGGGAUAUUACUGAGCCCAAUAAAACCGUGCUUGUUGACUUUAAAUUCAGAGACUCGCAAUUAUGACGUCAAAGGAAUUAAAAUUUUGCCAAAUGAAGUCAGCUUGACCUUUGAACAGUCCAAAGCAUUAGUAAGCUGUUUAAGCGAAAAGUUAACUUUAGUUGAAGCUGUUCCUUCAAGUGGGGUUUACGAUUUAUUAAACUGUAUCUUAUCAAACAUGAAUUUGAACUUUUCUGCACAACGAGUUUUGAUCAUUUUACCGAACAGAGCUACGUUAGACCAGUUUGAUAUUAGUGGCGAAAUGAAGCAUCUUUCUUUAAAAUACAAAGAAGAUUUUUUUGAGAUUCAACUUGAAACUUUUUUGAAAUAUGUUGAUAGCUAUUUAAAGGAUGUUGAGCAGUUAGCCUCUUUCUUAGGUAUGGAAAACGAAGGCUACCAGGAAUCCUGCUUUAAUGCACUAUGCUUCUUUGAGCUUCAUAUAUCGAGGAUAUGGAACAAUUUUGUAAGAGAAGUUGACGAAAGGCAAGAUAAAUUGGACGAUAUUACAUUUCCUAGUUUCUUAGGCUUUAUUGCCGAAGGAAAGUUUGAUGAAAGACUUCAGAUAGCAAUUGAAAGCUACUCGAAAAUAAGAAUGAAAUUUGACUUCCUAGGGAAGAUGGCUCCUCUUCUGAAGCUAAACACUGCUGUCAAAAAAAUUAAUUAUUUACUCAAUUGCGUCACCAAAUAUGUUUUUGUAACUGCCGAUGAUAUUGUUCCCUAUUAUGAGAGCUUAUUCAAGUUUAAUUUCAAAGGAGUCAUAGCAUUGGGGAAUAAAGAUAUCGUUCCGUCUCUUCUUCCGGCGUUCAAUAAUGAACGGAUGAAGAGACUUAUUAUAAUCAACGAUCCUGUUACUGAAAGAGAUACAGAGUCCCUUUAUGCUAAAUGCAGACUCUCGGAGCCCACGAUUAAGUUAACGAAAGUUAAAGAGGUCAGAAGGGAAUUUUUUGAUGCAUUUAGCUCCUUUUACGAAGAAAUCACUUAUGUCGACAGUAAUCUACCUCUUCACAAUCCAGGAUUUAAGCACACAUGGCAAUUAAUUAAUGUCAACGAACUGGGUGGUCCACAUGACGCAAGCUUACAAGAGGCCGAAUACUGCGUUUUGCUUUACAAGUAUAUGCGCUUGUUGGGAUACCCCACUUAUAAAGUCUGUAUUACUGUGCAUUCAUCUCGUCAAAGGAUGUUGAUUGACGAAAUCUUAACUAAGGAAUGCGGAAAAGGAAGUGUCAGAGGAUCGAAAGACUUCUCUUUCGAUAUACCUGUUGUGGAUCUCUAUUCUCGCUGUGCACCUCACGAUUUUAUCAUUGCAUCACUCGUCGGGGCGGAUCGCUCUUCGCAACCAUUUCCGUUCAAUUUGGCGCGUCGGGGGCUUUAUAUUGUAGCUAAUAUUGGUCUCCAGAAAGAAACUCCUAAUCAUAGAAGGUUUCAAAUUCCAAAGGAAAUGCCCUCGGGAGAACUUGAAAUUUGCUUAAAAGAAUCCUACACUUCUGAAUGUUCUCAAAGAACAGAGGAGCAACUAUUAACUUUGAAAGACUUGAAAAGUGCUUCCCGAUAUGUAACAAAUAUGUUCAAUGAUUUCGUAAAACGGAUUUAG